AUGUUAAAACUUAAACAAGAUACAAAUAAUGAAUUUAAGAAAAGGCUUUUAUUUUUUGAAAAGUUAUCUGAUCUAAUUACAUGGACUCCAGGCAAUGAUGAUAUUAAUGUUUCUCGAGUAACACUUAAACAACGACCUGACUGGAAAAGAACAAAUUCUGUAAAUGAACAAAAUAAAAGGGAUUUAAGAAUUAAUGUUAUCGAUGAUAACUUUGAAGAAUUCCAUAAUUACCUUAAAUUUGGUCAAUAUUGUAUCCAAUAUUGGCAAUUCGUGGAUUCAUUUGUUUAUUUUUCUCAUCAUCGUGUCGGAAUUCCACCUACAAUGUGGGUUAAUGCAGCUCAUAGAAAUGGCACAAGAGUACUUGGAAAUUUUAUUACGGAAGGUGCACCUGGUUCUAAAGAUAUGGAAUUAUUAUUAAAUGGUCCAGAUGGUCAAAUAAAUAAAGAUGGAUUUAGUACAUUUUUUGCUGAUAAAUUUGUUCAAAUGGCUAUUUAUUAUAAGUUUGAUGGGUGGUUUAUUAAUAUCGAAUCUAAAUUACUUGGAAGAGAAAAGGCAGCACGUCAACUUAUUCAAUGGAUGAAAUAUUUAACUCAUGAAAUGCAUAAAAAUAAAUGUUUAUUUACAAAUUUUUUUAUAUCAAUUGACAGGUAUGACUCAAUAACAACUUCGGGAGAAAUAAAAUAUCAAAAUAUUUUAAAUGAUAAGAAUUUACCUUUUUUCAAUGUAUGUGAUGGAUUAUUCACCAAUUAUUGGUAUGAUAAAAAUGGUCCUACAAUUUCUGCAAGAGUAGCUGGUCAAAGAAAUCGUGAUGUCUAUACUGGUAUUGAUGUUUAUGGACGUGGAACUUAUGGAGGUGGAGGAUUUAAUACUUUUUUGGCAUUAGAAGCUAUUAAAAAUGGAAAAACUUCCGCAGGAAUAUUUGCAUCAGCUUGGACUUUCUUUGAAGUUCCAGGUGAUACUUUUGCAAAUGAUCGUUUAUUUUGGGUCGGUAGUCCUCCUGGCGUUGUUCAAAGGCGUCCCGGCGUUGCUGAUUAUGUUGCUCCAAAAUGUACCCCUAAAAGCACAAGCUUUUACACAAAUUUUUCUCUUGGAACUGGACAUCAAUUCUUCAUCGAAGGAAAGGCAUUCAAUGAUAGGACUUCAAGAUUGGUUCCAUUUAAGUCAUCAGUCUCCUAUAACGGUGGUACCUCAUUAUCUAUAAAUUCCAGCGGUCUAUUCAUUCUGCCAUUUGCUAAACUUCCACUAUACAAACUUUCCGUUCAAAUCCCUCUACAAACGCCAUUAAAACUAAGUGUUACAUACCUCCCAAAGCAACCGAACAUAAAAUUCUCACCGUAUAUAAAAAUAGGAUCGAAUUCAAUUAAUAAUUCUGUUCAAGAUCAAAAUUUUAUUACUUCUGAAGGAACAUCUUUCCCAAAUUCCGAAAAUAUAGUUCAAAUUGAAUUAGUUUCUGAUUCUGGUGUCAUUACAUCAAAAUCGCUUAUUCUGACAAACACAAUUCCGAGGAAUAAUGGUUGGAUUACAUCAGAGUUCACAUUAACUCGUUCUAUUUUUAGUAGUGGUUCUUCAAAUACUUCAAGUGGGAAUGUUAAAAAUGAUUUAGUAAUUCAGGAAUUUGGAAUUUCUUUAUAUAAUUUAAAAAAUCCAAUUUCUCAUAAUGUUACUAGACAAUUAUUGGGAUACGUUGGAGAACUUUCUAUCAUACCUCAAAAUCUAAAACCUACUAUUAAUACAGAGAUGGUUCAAAACGUCAUGUUUGAAAGAAAGUUUAUUGAUACACCUGAUUUAGAUGGUUUAAAUGACGAAGUUAUUUUUUUGUGGGGAAUAGUUAAAUGGAAUGUCAUGACCGUUCCUUCUGCACAAAAUUCUUCCUCCUCAAAUUCUGACAAUAAUGUAAAACUUUUAGAUUCUUCUACCAAGAGCGAUAAACAACAAGUAUUAGAACCAGUUGUUACAAAUUUAGAAAAUACAUUUGCAUAUUAUAAUGUUUAUGUUGGAUUGUCACCACCAUCUCCUAAUUUAAGUUCGUCUCCUGAUUCAAACGAGAUAACAUUUUUGGGAAUUUCUGACUCCACACAAUUUUCAAUUUCUGGUUAUGGCAUCAUGAAAAGUGAAGUUGAAAGUGGGAAUGGAUUGGCAAUAUGGAUUCAAGGGGUUUAUGAAAUUGAUGGAAGUGGUGUUGAUAAAACUAAUUGGGGGAUGGCAUGGGUUGAUUUAAAGAGUUGA